AUGCAGACUGCUUCUACAAACAUUUGUGAAAGAAUGGGUCGCUCUCAGGAGCUCAGUGGAUUCAAGCGUGGUACCGUGAUAGGUUGCCACCUGUGCAAUAAGUCCAUCCAUGAAAUUUCCUUGCUACUAAAUAUUCCACCGUCAACUGUUAGUGGUAUUAAAACAAAGUGGAAGCAACUGGGAGCAACAGCAACUCAGCCACAAAGAGAACAAGGUCAGCGCAUGCUGAAGCGCACAGUGAGCAGAAGUCACCAACUAUCUGCAGAGUCAAUAGCUAAAGACCUCCAAACUUUGUGUGGCCUUCAGAUUAGCACAACAGUGCGUAGAGAGCUUCAUGGAAUGGGUUUCCAUGGC